AUGUCCAUUCAUAAGAAAAGAUCACCCUGUGAGAAGCUUAUGCAAAUCAUGAGAAGCUUCCACAAACUGUCAUCAUCCCCCCUUACUGGAACCGAUAUUAGGUCAACUAGUUCACUUUCACCGCCACAUAGCCACCACCCAAUAGUAAAACAACCCAAAAACCCCACCACAAAACCGCCAAAUAGCCACAAUGUGGAUGGAUUAGAUGGAGGAGGGAGCUCUUCUUUCAUCAAGAUUCAGGGAAUGGACCACCAUGACAUUGCCAUAGCAGAUGAUGUAAGUAGGUAUAGUGGUAUGCAAACAAAUGAGAUAAAGGCUUCAGUGACGAAUUUAAAGGCUUCGGAUUAUAUUAGGAGGUUUCAUGAGAGGAACAAACACGAAUCUGUUUCCUUGGUGUUGCCGCCACCACCGCCACGAUAA